CUGAUAGAGAGUCUUGUUAAGCGAGGCUUUGAGAACAUGAAGAAGUCGCUACACUACGAAGACGGCAGGAAUUCCCCACAGACUGGCUAUACCAGAGAUAUGGCGUUCAUGGCAGUCGCCAAGUUCUGUGACAGGAUCCUUAGGAUGGUGGAGGAUGAUGAACUGGAGCUGAGUAAGGCUACAAUCAAGACAUUCCCGGAUACUGUGGUCGUGUGUCUGCUCAACGCCAUGCGAUUUGACUCUAUGGAGGCCAAACAGAGGUUUCCUCGUCUUCUUCAGCUGGUGGAGCAUUACCCCGACUGUAUGGGCACAUUUGUAGACAAGUGUGAGGAGGUGCCCUGUUGGAUGUACCUCCUGUGGAUCAGUCAGAUGAUGGCCCUGAUGGACAAGCCUGAGGCUCCUGCUGUUCAACCUGUGCUGCUAAAAAUUGCAACAAUGUACCCUCAG